UUGGAAAUGACGAGAAACUGAGCCAAUGGGAUACGUCACUAGUUAAUCUGAUUCUGGACCAGCCUUACCCGGGAGCCUUGAACGUGUGUGGCGGAGUCUGCUCGGAGCAGCAGGAAGUAGGCGGUUGUUGUUUUUUUCUUUCUUCUAUUUUUUUCCUGUUGUUGUUCAAAAAGUGAGCACGCCAAAUACAACUUAAUCAUGGAGUCUACCAGCCCCUUGAGUGACAUGGUUUCUCCAGAGUCAACAGUGACAACACUGCUGUCAAGUUCUGGCCACUUUAGGAGCAGCCUAUUUUCAUCUGAGUUCAACACAACAUUCAGAUACAGAGAUAAGGAAUAUGACUCAGCCUCUGCAGCAUUGGAAGCCUACAUUGCAGACUUUGACAGAAGUCAAAACAUUGAGUCAUCGGAAAGGCUGAUUUUGCCGCAGAGUCCAUUGUCCACCCCAAGAAGACCUCGGAUGAGCACACACAGAAACAAAUCUGUUCUCAGGGAACGUUUAACAGACAGAGAGGUGGCGUAUCUUACCCUCCCCGUCAGUUCCCUCCGUCACCGCGACAACCGCGACAGACUUUCGAUGACAACAGAUGAACUGCUGUCCAUUCCUCGUGAUGGUUCCAUGCCUGUCACCCACACGACUGCCUUCAUCCAAGGUCGCUUGUCUCAGUCUGUGGCCUCUCAGGCCCGUGUGUCAUCCAAUGCAGGGCACAGAACAGGGGAACAUACAGAACAGAACAUAUCCCACCCACAUUUAAGCAGGAAUUGCAGCAGCUGCAGAUGUAAGGGAGAACCCAAAGUUUCCACUUUGAAACCAGAUGUCCCUUUUGUCAGAUGCUUAACGUGUGCACACAGAGGAACAAGGGCAGAGCAGCUACUGCUGUCCUCGCCGUCCCGUUUACAAUGCAGGUACAGCGGAAAUAAGGCAGAUCUGGGCCACACUGGGAUCAGCAGUGUGUCUGACUGGAUCCAAGAUUGUGACCUUACUGAGCCACGACUCCCAUCAGAUGUCGACCUUUGUGACACGCUUGCAUCAAUAACUAGAGCAUCCUCUUGGUUAGCAGAUACAGAGGAUAAUCCUGGCAAGACAGCUAAUCAGCUGAGUCUAAAAGAUCUGAGGCUUCAGUUUGCUGAACAGAUAUCUUGGAUCGCUUCAGAGAGAAAAAGCUCAGACAUCACAGAAUCUCUUGUGAGAGAUAACAGGCUAGAGUCACUAAUCCAGAAAGCGGAUGAAGUGCUGAACUCACUAUCACAGCGUUUUGGAGGUGCAGAAAGUCUUGCAGAUUCAGAAUUGAAUCGUGAGGAAAUGAAGCGCUGCUCGACUCCCCCGCCGCUCCCUAUACACUCAAAAGGCACAGCAGAUGUCAAGACUAGGACUCUGUCAGUGGAAACCAAGAAGGAUUGCAGUCGCGAUAGCACCAUCUCUCAGCAGCCUGGUCCAUUGGAGGCUCUGAAGCAAAUGAUGUUUAGACUGCAGGCUGUGGAGGUGGAGCUUCACCGACAACAGCAUCCACCAGUUGCGCGGACCUGCAGUAAAGGAUCUCAAUCAAGGCCUGAAAGUGAAGCAGAGCAGGCUUUAUCUGGUGCGACAUCACUACAAAGGGCUCUGCAUCACCUCAGUCGCCUUAAGCUGCUGUUGGAGGCACCAAGAGGAAAACAUGAGGAAGAAAAGGAUAUAGAUGAAGGACGCUACUCUUCGUCAUCUGCUGACGUGCCAUCAGCAGGAUUCCAGUUAAAUAUGGAAACAAUGUCAGAUGGAGAUUCUAGUCCGUGUCGGCAUUCGUGAAGCUUUUCUCACUGGUGUUUCUAGUGUUUGUUUAGCACAGUACAGUACUGUUUUGAAGUUAUUGCCAAAAGGAACAGAUGUUAAAAUGCAUUUCAAUUUGUGGUCCAGAUUGAAGUGUAAUACAGAUCAGCAAACUUACAAGUACAUUAUAUCAAAAGUGUAUUAAGGCCUUGUUUGCCAAAGGCUGAUUCUGCAAAUGGAUUAUUAGGAUUUUCCAAUUUAGCUUUUACUAUUGUGUACGCUGAAUUAUUUCAGUGUACUGUAAGAAGGAGUAAGAAAAUAAUUGUUCACUAAAUCCUUUUUUUUCGUCCUUUGGUGUGUUAUGCGGGUUCCAAAUAUGUCAUUUUACAGCACAGUAUUAAUAUGCUAGUUUUUGUAUGCUUCUAGCAGUCUUUGACUUCAUCGCAAUGCAAACGGCUCCAAUUACUGAUGUCAAAAGGGCGUUUAGAUGAAUCAACAGAAUGAUUCAUGAAAUCGAGCUUCAUUAAUAUACGGAGUCACAAGGAACCUGUGGUCUACACUUGGACACCAAAAAGUGUCUUUGCGUGUAUUU